GGCUUCUUUUAUGUCACUGGCCACGGUCUGGAUCCCGCGUACCUCGACUCACUGCUUAAGCGCGGCCACGAGUUUUUCGAGCUUCCAGAGGAGACGAAGAACUCGAUCCACAUCUUCAAGAGCCAGGAUGGCGUGAGAGGAUACCAAAAGAUCGGAGAGAAUGUCACGUACGCCAAGCGCGACCAGCAGGAGGCACUAGACAUCUACCCCGAGCCGAUGGUUCUCUCGGCGGAGCAGUUGAACGGGUCGCAGCUGUGGCCGAGCGAAGACGACCUCCCAGGCUUCAAGGCCGCCAUGCUCGAGUACACAGCGAAAAUGACACGCGUCGGGCACGCCUUCAUGCGCGCGAUGUGUGACGCACUCGGCCACCCUGAGGUCUUCGAUGCCCUGCAACAAGACAACUACUGGGUGCUCCGCGUGAUCGGGUACCCGCCGCUCCCGGACAACUUCGACCCCGAGAAAGGUAUCUCGUGCGGCGCCCACACCGACUACGGCUGCCUCACGUUUUUGCUUGCGGACGACACGCCGGGAGCACUCCAGGUCGAGGCCAAGGACGGGAGCUGGAUCGCCGCCGACGUCGUGCCCGGCGCGUUUGUUGUGAAUAUCGGAGACAUUAUCGACACGCUCACGAGCCACACAUACAAGAGCACGUACCACCGCGUUAUUCACAAGGGCUCGCGGUACCGCGUAUCGAUGCCGUUCUUCUUCGAGCCGCCCCGCGACUUCCUCGUUACGCCGCUG